AUGCCUCGCGCGUCAAGCUCAGCAAAGCGACACCAGGCAGCGACGAACCAGCGCGACACUCGUCAUGAGAAUGGAUUGGUAGGCCCCGGCAAGCGUGUUGUCAAGCGGAAGAGCCAGACUCAGCUCGAUGACCCCCCCAAGCCGCCGGCCGACAAUGCUUUGGUGCCGCCUGUCCCCCCUCUUCCACCGAGUCUCAACGGUUCUGCCGCAUACUUCGACGAGAUGGCCCCCGAACACCGCGCAACCGAGAUGCUCCGGCGUGGUUCUCUCGGCACGUUCUCCGAGUCCUCUUCCACCGAGUCGUUCCCUGGGGGCCCUCCUGCCCACGAUGCCUCUGAAGAAAGGCACCGGCGAAUCGAUGUCAACGACGCGAAAAACACCAACGUCCACCGCGACCCGGGUCCCCUGGACCUGGCCAUUACCGUCUUGCGUUCCUGCCCGCUCGCUGACACCAUCGCGAUCCUGAUAAUCCUUAUGCAGGCGUCCCCGGCCGUGCUGGCUACCAUCUACAUGCUUUUUACCGUCCUCACCUUCGUCCCUCCAGUAACCACAAGUUCUGGCCUGAGUUUCACCGAGAUCUUUGACGGAAGUCAGGGAAUUCCUUCGUUAUGGACCUUGAUUUGGAUGGAUGUCAUCAUGCUGCUCAUAUGGUUGUUUCUCUGGGCUCCCAUCCAACAGUUCAUCCUGGAUCUUGCCCAGGUCGUCAUCUCGUACACCCUCGGAGGUGGUGGCACGUCGAGACAAGGCACGACACCCGGCAUAAUACUCUGUGUGGGGCUUGUUGGGGUAUCGCACUGGGUUCAGAGAUGGAAUGGCUUGUCUCGCCUGACCACGAUAUUUGGUCCGACCCGUUUUCUGCCGUCUGACGCAGGGCCGAGCCUCCGGAUGUUCGAUAAGAAAGGACCGUAUGGUUGGGUUCGUAGCGUCUUGGCGAUUCACAUCCUUACACAAGGGGUUGUGAGAUGUAUCCGAGAAUGGUACCUUCGAAGGGAACGCCGAGAUUUGCAGUCACAGGGCCUUUUAGACCCCGAAUCCGGCAAAUCGGUCUCCUUCCCGACCGAUGGAUGUUCCGACGCUGCCCUGAUGGCGGCUGACAGCGACGCACACCUCCAAACGAGUGCAGCACAUCUAACGAGCAAGAAGAAAAGGAAACAGAGUGCCCAGGUCAGGAUCAAGCAGCCGCUUUGGGCGGCGCUUGCUAGCACCAAGAUCGUUAUGGUCAAGGAAUACGAGUUGUCGCACUCAGCAAGCGAGUCCGCCGGUUCCAAUGCUACGGACAUUCAUAACCUCGGCAAUGCCCCAUUCAAUACACAACCUGAGCAGGUCUGGAUCUGCUAUGUCGGCUGCGACGAGGUCUGCUUUAACACGAGCCAUUUCCCGGACGUGGGAGAGGAUGACGCGCCGCUCGAGGACAGCAAGCUGGGAAUUGAUGUUUCAAAGCCCUUUUAUGUAAGGGUCAACAACGCUAUCUGGCAACCAACGCGCAUCAUUCCGAUCGAAAACCCCGAGGAGGAGAAUUACAAAGGGACACACUGGACCGGCGACAUUUACGGACUCACACCUUUGUCGAACUACGAGUGUGAGUUCGUCAGCACACGGACGGGCGAAGUCAUCUUUUCGACAAGCGUUAGAACCGUCCCAGCGAAGAGGAAGGAUCUCGAGGCCGCUCCCAAAGCUGCCAACAAUCCUCGGUCGCAUGCGCGCCACGACUCACCGGCCACCACCCUUCGUGCUUCGAUUGCCGCUGCCGAGGUGAAGCUGGCCGAUGAGAAAACUCGCCUCAAGGCUGUGCGGAAAGACAACAAUCGGAAGCUGAACACCACCCGAAAGGAAAUCGAGAAGGUUACUUGGGCAGUUCAAUCGGCUGGCGGCGAUGACGAAAAACUGAGGCAGAAGGUUGCACAGAACACCAUCCAGGAGAAACGAGCAGAGGAGUCCACGAGCGAGCUUGAGAGACAACUCAAGGAGUUUGAGACGGUUCCGGAGAAACUUAUGAAGGAACAUCGCGCGAAGCAUAACGAAUGGACGUCUGAAAAGACCAAGUUUGAUCAGGCUCGUGCGUCGUUUAAGAGUUUUAAGACGUCUAUCGACAAACAGAUCAAAUCGCUGGAUGAGGAGAAGUCCGGGUUGAAAGCGAAGAGGAACAAGAUUGCGGCUCGUAUUGCGAAAGUGGACGAUGAGCACGCUCGGAUCACAGAUGCCAACGCCAGGGGCCUCAAUGAGGCUGAAAGGCGUCGACAAGAGCGGGCAAACCUUGCAGCCGAGCUCGCCAGGGCGGAACAGCACCUAAGGGAUCGGAUCCAGACCAUCCGCCUCAGCAACACUACCAAGCAGGCUCAGGUCCACGCCAUGGCGGCCCAUAUGCAAGAGUACCUCGCCAGCUUCCAAGAGGAAGCCGCAUAUGACAUAACACCACCUAACCACUUUGCUCCUGGUCCCUGGUCGACGGCUCCCGCACCCGCCCAAUACAGUGUUGCAUCUCCUUGGCCUCCAGUAUCGAUGCCCAUGUCCGCUCAAGCAACACCCCUAAUGGCGCACGCUCAGCUCUCGAACUUCUCAACCCCGAUGCAUGCUGCACUCACCAGCCUGCCACGCCCGCAUCGCACGCGCGGCCGUUCUUCGUCGAUGCUCAGCGACGUUUCUGGAUUCACCCAAUCCACCGAUGAAGAUGACCGCGGCAGUGGUUCGGGUAGUGGUAGUGGCACUGGUAGUGCUAACGGCAAUGGCAGUCUUACUAACUCCAACACCAUCGUCGGAGCUCCGGUGAGCGGCAGUCAAGUUCACAGCGGUGGAUAUACCGUCACCGCUAACGGAAGUAGCAAGGGGAGUGGUAAUGGUGACACCGGCAGCCAUCUGGCGCUCGCCGGCGCGGCUCCGUUGCGUCGCCUACCGCCUGGGCUCCAUGUCAAGAGCGGGUUGGCCGCGCCCGGCACGGGAUCGGGGUCCGGGUCCGGCCGCAGCAGCGUGCGGUCGGGCAGCGGCAGCGGCGCCAGUAUGAAUGGCGGCGAGGCAGUUAGCCCGAUUUAA